UGUAAGUGAAAUAGCAUUGGUACAAGUUUUGUGAACAAGAACCAGUGACUGAAUGGGACUAGCUCAUUUCUUACUAGGGAACAAUGCUUUUCCUGGUUUUAACUUCGGACCGUCUCAGAGCUCGCUCUUCCUGGCAGGCUACGAUCCAUGCCAGCCCUUGCGGGUAGCAACACAGAUUGUGUGCUGCCCUAUCUCGGCAAGAUGAGAAACAUCAAUUCAAUUGUGCUCUUGACCAACGGCAUCAGCUUUGCAAUCCAGGCGGUACUUCUGCUUAUGAUUGAGGCCUGGGCAGACUACGGCACACAGAGACCAAACAUAACCGUCGUAGUCAUGCUUAACCUUGCAGUUGCGGUCGUACACAUUCAAGUCGUCAACGACGUGCAGACCCUUUAAUUCAAGUCGGAGGCUCUCUUCUGAGGACACGGUCCAAGAGCCCAUAAAACGACCUUGGCCUUCCUUAAGAAUUCCAAUUGCCUCGGACGAGUUCCAGACUCGUCACGAGUUUACGGCGAGAGUUCAGGCCUGAGGCCUCAUAUCUUGCAUUCUAAGAAUAGUAGAGUCCAAAAUGAUAUCAAGGCCUCGCCUCUGAUUUUUUGGAGUGUGGCGCCGUAGAGUUGGCCUUCUGAAAGAAAAUGUGUGACGUACUGAUGGUACCGCAUGUCAUACUCUUCAAGUCCUCUGUGACCUGUUGACGAGAAAAACAAGACAUUGUAAUUUGCCCCGCUGUGAACAAUAUAAGUGAAAAAAAAAAUUGCGACUCGAGAGCAAAGAUCUCGACGGAAGUCAAGUACAAGUACA